AUGACGAUGAUGAUGAACUCGAGAGACCAGACUUUUCAGCCCAUCACACCCGCAAGAGCAAGCCCCUAUGCCAGCUAUAGAACACCCGGUGGCGGUAAUGGUAAUGGAAAUGGUAAUGGAAAUGGUGCUGGUACACCUUCGGAUAUGAUGGGUAGAUAUAGUGUUGCUGGUGAAAGCAACGGUGCUGGAGGUGGUCACGGGGGUGCGGAGGACGCCUCUUCGUCGGAAGAGACCGUUUCGUCGAUGGUGUUCUCGAAGCUAGCGCCCGGAGCAGAAUACUCCGAAGACGACUCGUACUCGUUGUCUGGACGUCAGUCCAUCGCGAGUACCGGAGGCAUUCACCAAGGCCACGAAAGCCAGGCAUCUUCAAACGACAGUCGCGAGCCUCUUACGCGUGUCUCCAGUAACUCCUCGUUGGAGUCCAGCAUUGAGCAUGGAGUACGCUACAAACUGACCAUGAAACUUUCUGCGCGCGAUAUCAUGCUCAUUAGAGAAUCCUGGUCCAUUUUACUAGACGACGAGUGUCAACCGGAAAAGCUUAAGAGCUUUCUUACCAAGCUGCAUUCUGGAAGAACGCUUGGGUCAAGCGAAGCAACCAAAAAGAAACCCAGAAGAACCAUCCAUCAAAGCAUGAGCGGGAUCGGCAGAAUGCAGCCUUCCAUUGCGGAGGCAACAAGCAAGUUGGCAGGUCCCAGCUCUCAAAAUAACCAAUACGGCUCGGACCGGUUGCGGAAUGGCAGCAACAUCAAAAGCUCAAAUUCGCUUUUUGGUGAUCAAUUUCUCGAAAACAUCAUAGCGCUGGCGCCAGUUCUGGAAACGCUUUUCCCAAUGAUCAAGCACAUCGCCGUUGGUGUGACCGGAAUGCUUACAAUUGCUGUCAAUAACCUGGAAGAUUUAUCUGUUUUGGAUACGUAUUUGGGUUCUCUCGGUAAACGUCACGCUCGUAUUAUCGGUGUUCAGGCCGAACAAUUCGAAUUUGCCGGUAUCGCUUUCAUUAAAACCGUGCGUGAAAGAUUUGGCGUUGGUUGCACGCACGAACUCGAAGAAACGUGGCGUCGUGUAUACUCUUUUCUGGCCAAUAGCUUACUGCAGGCUGGUAUUGAUCCCGUUCUCGAGAAUAAAGCACCUACUCCCGUGGUGAGACGCCGCGAAGAACAAGUUGUGGUAAUGCAUGCUCCAGAGCUAAUCGUUCCUGAUUCAGAAACUAAAAACUACGGUCCAAAAUCGGAGCUUCCACCCGCCCCACCCAAAACCGGUCCAAAGUCGCUUUUGGAUCCUCUUUCUUUCAAAGAAAACAAUAGACUGUCUACAGCUGGACUGGGCCACAGCACUGUCAAGCCGCCUGCUACAAGAGUGCAACAAUCGACGAACUUCGUAUCGCGUAAAAAUAAUGAAAAGGACUGCGUGAUUAUGUAG